AUGAAGAUUGCAAACAUCAAUUUCGUGAUUGGACGUUCUAGUACUUGCAGUGUGACGUACAGUGUCAGCCGUGGAGAUAAAUAUCAUACUUGGAAUGAUGAGCUGACCUGUGGACCACAUCCUUGUAAUGUUGGUUACUCAUUCCAUAACGUUCACGAUGCUCUGAAGCGCCAGUUCUAUGGUCCAUCAUCGGUUUACGUGUUAGUAGGAUCAUCCUCACACUGCUCAAUAAAAGGCAGUCACGUCGGGUUAGUUGUCACACCUUUAUUCACCCUCUUCAUGGAAUCAUUGAUCAUGUUCAGCACAGUAAUCAGAGUCUCACACGGCGGUGGUAAGAUGUGUAGAAUGAGAGCUAACUCAGGUGAAGAACGCGUUGUUGCCGGGAGAGACGGGAUUGUGUACCACAGUACCCAACCGACUGAGACGGAAGAAUGGAGAGAAAUAUCUGGCCAGAUUCCACUUAUAACGACAUUCACAACUUUGGAGCCCUGUGACAUGAAGAUUGCUCAUAUCAAUUUCGUGAUUGGCCGAAAUAGUCAUUGCAGUUUGACCUACACUGUCCAUCGUACAAAAAACAGCCAGGCCUCAAAUGAUAAGAUCAGCUGUGAAUCGAGUCUUUGUAAUGUUAGUUACUCAUUCCAUAACGUUCAAGAUGCUCUGAAGCUCCAGUCCUAUAGUCCAUCAAUGGUUACAGUGAUAGUAAGCUCAUUCUCUGGAUCACACUGUUCUAUUAAAGGAUAUCAACACGACAAUGUUUUCCGGCCCUUAUUCAGCCUCUUCAUGGAGUUUGCGUCUUCAACCGACACAUCACCAUCGCAAGGCGCUCGACCGGCAAUAGAGACCACUCUCUCAUCUACGGUUUCCUCUUCACUCUCUCCAACCACAUUGUCAUCAUCGGAAGGAAUGCGCACGGAGGAUUUCCAAACUACUAAACUGAAAACUUUCUCGCCCGUGUCUUCUGUGUCUAUUCCCCCAGCGACCAUAUUGCCAUCGGAGCUUACCCAAGGGACUGCCAUGUCUACCUACGGGCGGGUGACCAGGUCUAGCGUUACAUUUCGGACCUCAUCAAAUCCAGCACAAGGCCAACCCACUACUGCUGAUAAUGACGAAGCAAUUGGAGGGUCAUCAGGUCCUAGUGUCACACCACAAUCAACAGUCACUAUGAAGGCUGCAAGUACCCACCACCUUAGGCCGACAGAAAAGAGCUAUAUGUGGAUGAUUGGAACUGGUGUAGGAGCGUUACUAUUGCUCGGGAUCAUACUAUCUGUGCUGUUAUAUUACAAGGUAAAGCACAUUUCAUCAGUGCUCCAUGUUUCUAGUGACUCAUCCGGGGGCGUACCUGUCCCCAUUGAAGUACGUACCCUAGCGUGCGAAAACCCGCAGUAUGGUGUGGCGGAGGAUAUACCAGUAAGGUUUAACGUGAGCAGCAGCCAAAGCGGAUACUCAGAUGUAGAUGUGCAGUAUGUGGAUGGGAACCAGGUCUUAUCGGAAGAUACUACUUAUGACACAAUGAUAAGGAGCUACAGGCUACAUGACGGGAAGAGCGAUGCGAAGCCGAAGCCCUCUACUCAAGUUCCACAAGGAGGUGAACAACAACAGCUGGAUGAUGGUGUUGGCGAACAACAACAGUAUGAUCGACUGGACAUUACCCUUCGAAGAGACAGUUAUGCGGAGGUUGUGCCACGAAACUUGCGCACACAGUCUACUAACAGAACUGCCACAGCAUAA